AUGUAUGAGAAGCUUCAGUCUCAUCCCAAUGCUCAAGUGAGCAAGAGAGCUAGGCAAUUUAUGUUCAGUUUCCAGGCCAUGAAAAUGAUGAAGGUUACAGGUUCAUCUUUUCCUCUGGUGAGCAUGGGUUACCAAAAUUAUUUUGAAGCAUUUAUUGAAGAUAAAGCCAACUACCCUUUAAAAGAGCCUGAAGAUAAAGAAGGUGCACUAAGUCAAGCCCUCCUUCCAUAUAUUAUUUUUCUGGUUUCUCCAAUAUUCAUUCUAGUAUUUUUUGCUGUACAUAAAGGCACAUAA